UGUAGCUCCAGCCCCACUCAGCCUGCAGGAAGUGUGCGGAGCGGACUGGGGGAGAAAAGACGGCGUCGUCGCUCUCGCUUGAACUGGGGGGCAAAAAUUAUUAUGGCGAGCGAAUGAACUAGUAAUUUUGUGUGCAAUCCGAAACGUCGUCAACCUGCUCGGUUGUUGUGCACAUCUAUUUGUCGGCUCCACCAGGUACUCAGAUGUGCUGGGAGCUGUGAUGGAGCUAAGCUGUGGACUGGAUUGGGAAACAGCAUCACAGGACUUUAUGAUGAAAUCUGUUUCAAGCAGUUCAGUGCUGAUGUAUCUUAUCAUCGCCAUUCAAGAAAAACCCAGUUGCUUUCAAAUAUCAGCCGUCCCAAGUUUGCUCCCAUCUGGUGCUCCUCAUCUGUCCAGACGCUCUCUGAUCUGCUGGGACCGAGUGGAAUUGAAAGGCUGAUUGGAGAGAAUAUCUGCCUCCCAGGUAAAAUGGCUGAUACCACAGAAGCAGAGAGCUGAGCAUCACACAUUGCCCCCUUUCUUCUAUGUUCGAGGAUCAUUUUAUGUGGACAUUUCCCCCUUCCAUUUCAAUUUUCUCAUCAUGGCUAUGCAUGAUAUGAACCGUGCCAAGGGUUACCCUUGCAAAGAAUGCGACAUGAUAUGCCCAAGUACACCUAGCCUCCUGGAGCACAUGAAAGCCCACUAUCACCAAGAGGGGAGUGGCAGAUUUGAAUGUGAACAGUGUGGACGCAUUUUCAAGCAUGCCAGUAGUUUGGCUUCCCACAAAAAGUCCCAUGAGAUGGGCUCUUUCCAAUGCCCAGUGUGCACCAGAACAUUGCCCAAUGCGGUGGCGCUGAAGAACCACCUCCGCAUUCACACUCUGUCUCCUAGUGCACAAACUGAAGAGGAGAAUGAGGAUGGUGUUGAUGAAGAUAGGGAUUAUGGUUUAGCACAAGAUCUUUCUGACACAGGUUUCCGGGGCCACCUGAACAGCAGCGGAAUGAUGACGAGCCAUGACCACGACAAGCAAAAAUCUCCAGGAUCCGAAGAUGCUUGGGACAGACCCUUCAAGUGUGACCAGUGUGACAGGACCUACCGUCAUCAUGGCAGCUUGGUCAACCACAAGAAGUCUCAUCAGGAAGGCACUUACAAGUGUACCAUCUGUUACAAACAGUUCAGCAACCUGGCUGCCCUGAACGCCCAUGAACGCACCCAUUCAAAGUUUAAACCCCCUGGAAUGUCCAUGGGAAACCUUGUGCCUCAGGUGUCGUCUGAGCCUCGACCACCUGCCCCCCAAAAUGAUGACCUGGCAGCCUGCUUUUGCCACCUCUGUCAGGUUUCCUUGCCCAACAAGAGUGACUUUCAGGAGCACAUUCUGUUGCAUAAUGCUGCAUCGUCUUCGCUGGGUUUGACGCGGAGCUUCCCUGGGAUAGUGCCCCACAAUCUCAGCACUGUCCGUUCCCCAGCAGUCAACCCUUACACCCCAGCUCUUGGUGAUCCUCUUCCACUUCCUCCUUUACCUGACAAACGUUAUGAUCAGAUGCUUGGCCCUCCUGUCAAUAAUCCAAUCUAUACCUGCGCUUACUGCGGGGCUGGACAUCCUGACUUGGAGAGCCUGAAAAUUCACUACCUAACCCAUGAACCUCAUCCUACAGCACAUGCUCAAGAGGGCCCCUCUAUUCUAAAUUCAGAUGGCUUGAGCUCCAACUCCCAACCAUCUGUAUCUUCACCCAGUGGGGAAUCCCGGUCCCAGCAGCAGUCGUCAUCCAUUGAUGAUGGUGACCGCAGAUUCAAGUGUCAAGAGUGUGGGAAAAGCUAUCGGCAUGCUGGGAGUCUUGUCAAUCACAAGCGCUCCCAUCAGACGGGGCAUUAUCAGUGCACAGUUUGCUGUAAAGAGUAUCCUCACCUUGCAGCACUUCACAGCCACCUACGCAGUCACAAAUCACGCCCGAAUUCUCAGAGUCUAAGUUCAGAAGGUGACUGGCUAUCUUCUGAGCCUAUGACUGGGCUAGACUCACAGCAGAGCUUUGUGCAUUCUCAGGAUCAAGAGAAUGGUGCAACAACUCCCAUCUCGUUACCUGGCAAUCUCGGUGAUGCAGCCCACUUUGUUCCAGAUGGUGGCCAUAGCAGUGGCCUGGAUUCACUGGAAUUCCAUGACCGGUUUGAUGGCUCUCUUGCUCAGGGCAAUUCCGGCCACUCUCCUCUGCCACAGAAUCAUCGCCAGGCAGAUCGGCAUAUGUGUGCCGAUCAGGGCAAUAUGUCCAAUGGGUACAUGGGCAACAUGGGCUUCCACAGCUCAGGGGGUGCGUCUUUACCAGCUGGCAGUGCCAACCUCAAAGAAGGCAGCCGUCAAAGACGUGGACACGAUCAGUAUGGAAGUGGACAGGGCAGUGGCAAGAGAAUGGAAAGCAAAGAGGAUGACGGAGAAGUUUACCAGUGCACAGUCUGUGGGAACCAUUAUGCCAGUCUUCGGGCUCUUCGUAGCCACCUACGCAGCCAUGGCGUGAACCAAGGUGCAGGGCCCUCCUCUGCGCUGUCCCCCAUAGGUGAGCAGGAGUGGAGAAGACGGCAAGAAGGUAGCGAGGUCAACCUACUGAUCUGUAGUACCUGUGGCCAGAGUUUCACCAGAAAGCAGGACCUGCUCAAUCACCAGCUGGUACAUGGACCUCCCCGACCGGAUGGAUCCACACAGGGCUUGGGGGGCAGCAGCUCUAAUGCUAAUGGCAAAAUGGAUGGAAGGAACCACAUUUGCGUUGACUGUGGCAUGUUCUUUGCAGAUCGCCAUCAUCUGAUCACUCACCUGUGUCCAGGCAAGGCACGAGGCGGAACGCUGAACAAAGACAUGAAUGGAGCUAAAGGGAUGACUGGUGGUGCUGGGACCAGCAGUGGUGGUGGCCCUGUGGAUCACCGGCAGAUGACUGAUUCUGAUGAUCGGCCACACAGGUGUGACCAGUGUGGAAGAGGUUACAGGCACCCUUGCUCCCUUCUCAACCACAAGAAAUCACACAAGACUGGGGUCUUCCGCUGCCUUGUCUGCCAAAAACGCUACUACAACCUGCUGGCUCUCAAGAACCACCAGAGGACUCAUUUUGACUUAAAGAGGCACAAGUGUGAGGAGUGCGGGAAAGCCUUCAAGAUUCAGAAGCAGCUCAUCAAUCACCUCCGCCUGCACGAAGAGCACAGAGCAAAGACUGGGGUUCGUGACCAACGCGUCCAAAGCAUGAACCAACACAAUGGUGCACGUUAUGAGGGGGGGCCGUCUCAGAUGCAGCCGAUGAGGAUGGGAGACCCCAAGAUUCAAAACCCACAAAUGGGCCCCAAUUAUGGCCAACCUCAAGGCUUUAAGAAACCAUAUGCUGGGGCAAGGGCCCAGCAAGUGGAUGAUGGUAGUGGCCGACGUCCAUUUGCCUGUGACCAGUGUGGACGCACUUACCGCCAUGCCGGCAGUCUGGCCAACCACAAGAACCUGCACAAGAUUGGCGAGUAUCACUGCAAUGUGUGUAACUCCACCUAUCCAAACCGACUGGCCAUGAAGAACCACCUCCGCAUGCAUUUCGCACUCAAGAAGUACACCUGCACUGACUGUGGCAGGGGCUUCAGGAACCAGAGACAGCUUGAAACGCAUACUACCAACCAGCUCUGCAAGGACCUUCCUGGUCCCAGUGUGCAGCCCCCGCCGCCCCCUAGUUACGAGUGUAACGGUUGCUCUGAGGGGUUCUCCACGGCUACAGAACUGGCCUCCCAUAGUUGCAGCGCCCAGCUCCCUUCCUCCUCUGCCUCUCUAAACAGCUCCACGCUGAGCAUGGAGACAGGUGACCUCGGUUCCCCCGAGCGAGAAGAGCGACCCUUCGCCUGUGACCUUUGCGGCUGCUCAUACAAGCAUGCCAGCAGCCUGCUGAACCACAAGAACACGCACAAGACCGGCAACUUCAGCUGCUCCUACUGCGACAAACCCUACACCAACUACAUGGCACUACGCAACCACAUGCGCAUCCACACUCAGAAGAAGCGUCACAUCUGCUCUACCUGUGGGAAGGCCUUCCGGCUGGCACGCUUUCUCCGCAACCACCAGAGGGUCCACGAGGAGGGCCACACCCGCUUUGGCUGCCCCACCUGUGGGAAGAGCUUCCAAGGUCGGUCGGGCCUGGCCAGGCACCGCUGCGGGGACAACCAGGUAGGCAACGAAAGCGGGAGGAAGGCCACUUCAAGCACGAGAGAGGGAGAAGAGUGCCGGUUCACAUGUGAGCAAUGUGGCCGAUCCUACCGGCAUGCUAGCUCUCUCCUGAACCACAAAAACACCCACACAGUUGGCAUCUACCAUUGCGCCGUGUGCCUCAAGACCUACUCCAACCUGCUUGCCCUGAAGAACCACCGCCGCAUUCAUUCAGAGACACGCCGGCACCGCUGCCCAGAGUGUGGUAAGGCCUUCCGUGUCUCCUCCCAGCUCCAGAACCACCGUCGCAUCCACCAGAAGGAGCGCGAGUUCGCCUGUACACUCUGCCAGCGCACUUUCCCCAGCCAGUCCAGCUUCCGCCUCCACCUGGAGAUGCAGCAUGGACGAGGUCAGAAGUCCUCGCAGCAGCACCAGCACCACCACCACCACCACCACCAGCAGCAGCUGCAUGCGGGGGCUUCGUCUGGUGGUGGCUCUGACCUGAGCUGGGGCUCAGGCCUGGACCUGACGUUGAUGCAGGCCCAGGGGCUCGACCCCAAUGGUGUCCCCAAGCAUGGCCCGCCCCACCAUGGCCAUGGCACCGGGCGAGCCACCGGCCACCAACAGCAUCACCACCAGCAGCAGGUGCAGCGUAUCCACGGUGACACGGGAUGCAAGUCGCACGUGUGCGACCAGUGCGGGCGUGGCUACAGGCAUGCCAGCUCCCUGCUGAACCACAAGAACAGUCACAAGGCGGGCACUUACUUCUGCAACUCCUGCCAGAAAGAAUUCACCAAUCUGAUGGCAUUCAAAAACCACAGACGCAUCCACACAGAGCCCAAGCGCUACCAGUGUCCGGAUUGCGGGAAGGCCUUCCGUGUCUCCACCCAGCUCAUAUGUCACAGGCGCAUCCACACCAAGGAGAAGCCCUUCUCGUGCCAGCAGUGCGACAAGCGCUUCUCCAGCAAGUCCAACCUGCGGCACCACCAGAAGGUCCACUGGAACAGCUCGGCGCCCACCAGCAGUGUCACCAUGGGCGCCGCCAACUUCUUGGGUAUGCCCUCUGGGCCCUUUAUAUAAGUUAUGGUGGGAGUUGGGGAAGAAGGACUGAUAUUGUUGUGGAGAUUUGAUGCCAAGGCUUCUGGAGGUGCCAAAAACACCCCUGUCCCCAUUCUCUCACUCAUCAGUCAUCUCUACUUACCCUAGUGUAUGAGUUGUGGCUGUGAGUCUUUUUUAAUUUAUUUUUGUUUUUGUUUUUGUUACAUUUUUUUUAAACCUCCCCCCUCUCUUUCGCUCUCUCUCCUUCUUCCGUUGAGCAGGUUGUGUCUAGGUUUAGAGGACUUUCCCUUCACCUCCCUGCAUGUUCCCGAAGACUUUGGACAAAACAAGGAUUCAGUAAUGGAUCAGGACAUCAUUUAAGACUGUUAGUCAUAGGCUUGUGUGGCAUUUGUAGCCCCUCUCUCUUGUUUGUCCUGAUAGGAAUGUGAGUCAGUGCCCUGCUAAAUUGAUCCCUCCCUAAUCAUAAAACCUUCAAAGAUUAACCAUUUUACACCGCAGGUGAGACUUGAUUGGUAGAGGACUACAGAUUUCACGUUUCAUAAUUCUCUUCAUGAUACCACUUUGAGCAGGGUUGACAGGAAGGGAAGAGAAAGUGGGAAGAAGUUCUGAUCCAGUGUUGAGAGAGGGGUCACUGUAGCUGAGGACAGAGGUUUCAUCCCAUGUGAUUUUUACCCCCACUGCUUAGGGUCAGAGCAGUAAGUAAAGGUUAGUGAGAGUCCCAUCUGUGGUCUUGCAUAUUAAAAUCAUGUCAUCCCAUCUUCAUCCUUCCCUUGGUCACCUUAAAAACUUUCAAUAUUUUCAAUUAAACACAACUGACUGUUGAACUAAAAAAACAAAAACAGAAAAAACAUUUAAAGAUGUGUAGGAACUAGGUUGGACAGUGAAUAGGUCGUAUUUGAAAACUGACUACAGCCGCCAUGUUGUGUAGAACUCUCAAAGGUGUUCUUUUUUUUUUUUUUUGUUCUCACUUUUGAUGUUCUAAUUUUUUUCUAACUUGUGUGUUUCUUGCAGCACGAAGAUGAGCUUCAAACCUUAUUAUUCUGCAGAUGACAGCAUUGCGCUAAACGGGUUCUCUUCUUUGCGGCAUCAUAUGUGUGUUCCCUCCUAUAAUUUCAAGAUGUUGCUCAGAACCCUUAUUUUCAAACACUGCGCAUUAACUAGCUAGUGUAUAGAAACAAUAGGUUGUGCUUUGAAGAAAAAAAGAAAGAAAAAGAAAAACAGGGGAAAAUGUAUAUUAAUAGGCUUGUACUGGCAUUUGGUUUACCUUGUAUUGUAUCGUACUUCUGACUGUAUUAUUUACAGGAAGACUUUUAUAAAAGAUCACUGUAGUAUGCAUUUUAUUUAUAUUAACCCUUGUAACCGAAAACGCUAGUUUUAGGACUUCCCUGUUGUAGGAGCUGUUCCAGACACCUCUUUCUGUCUGUCUGUCUCUCUUUCUAUUGCUCUUUUGCUCUCUCUCUCGACCCAUGAAUUCCUUAUGACACGGAGUCGAGGAUGACAGGACUCCUAAAGAACACUUGUUAUAGUGACUGUAAUCGCCAUUUUUUUGAGGGGGGGGUCUCCAUUAUUUGUUUAUGCUUUUAAGACUUACUUUCCCUUGUACAAUAGACAGGGACCUGUAAUAAUGUGUGUUUUUGAUUGCAGUUCGAUGAGUGUAAAGAUAUCACUGUAUUGUUCGACCCUCCUUAUGUGACAUCGUGACGAUCCCCUCCCUCCAAAAUCCCCCUUCACAUGUCAAGAUUGGAUGUGCCUCAGUCUCAUGCUAUUAACCUCACACUUUUAAGGGAUGGUUUUGUGAAAAUUACAAUCACUUAGGCAAUCUUAUUUUAACAUUUUUGUUACAUCCUUAUGGUAUCCCUUCUAUUUAUUAGUAUCUUCUUUUUAUUUAAUUGCAUUUGACUAUUUCAAGCUCCUUGAACCUAUAAUACCAGGGACCUCUGGUGCUAGUAAGUCCAUGUAUUUGGAGUGAAAGUGAAGUUGUAAGGAAAAGUGAUAUGACUAGAGCACAGGAAGAUUGUGUGUGUGUGUAUAUAUAUAUAUGUUCCUAUAACCUAAAAAUAGGGUGGAAAAAAAGUCUAAAGUAUAUAACAAAACUAAGUGCGUUAAUUUGGGAAGGAUUGACUGAACGAAUAUAAGAAUUAUGUAAGUUUAACCUUUUUGUUUUCCCUCUUUCAUGCAUAUAUAUGUACUGCUGACUAUACACUUUUUUUAAACUACAUUUUGAUAAUUCAUUUCCUAACAGAACUUGUUUGGAUUAUAACCUUAAUGCUCUCAAGUAAUGAAAAUAAAUAGCUGGUAAAAAAGGA